GAACUCUCGCCGAGUUGAUAAGAAGAAAUUGAGGGGUCGCGGUCCAGAAAAUGAAGACGAUCGCGGAAGUGAAUCAAUAAUAAUGUGAUGCUGGUUUUUGUGAUAUCUUAAGUGAAAGUUUCCUAAUUUUUUUUAGAAACUAAGAUAUUUUUUGUCGGUUUAUGUAUGCGGAAGAAGUUUCAAUUUAAUUAUGAACAUCCUCGGUCUUAUCCUCAAAAUGCUCUACCUAUGUUGGUACGUUUCAACUUGUGGCGCCAGCCAAGUGCACGACUUCAAACUGAUGAUGGAAAGUACCACGACCACCAACCAGAAAAAGUACUGCGGACGAUAUUUGACUGAAGCUUUGGCCACCAUUUGCGAGGGCAACUAUCAAACAAUGAGACCUGUUCACAUCCACAAAAAAAGCUAUUGGAAAUCGCAAAUAUACGAUUCGGGCAAUCCCUAUCCGUUGUCGGACUAUCCGUUCCAGAGUAGGCAGCAGGCUACCUCCAUGGUGGGCAUUUACGGCAGGAAACGUCGUAGACGAGGCGUAUAUAAUGAGUGUUGUGAAAAAUCCUGCGCGAUUGAUCAGUUGCGCAUGUAUUGCGCAGCAUCUUCAACGUCGAAUCCAUCAAAGUGAAACAAACAGAUCUGAUUUGUGCUAAAGUAGGAGUCUAUCGAAUGCAACAAAUUUGGUAUUUAUUGUGCCAGUCCAUCUAUUGUACAGAGUAAAUAUUCCUCUAUAUCCAACUUAAUAUUUGUGGAGGGGUUAAGCACUGGCACAUUCUGAGUCACCCUGUAUAAUGACUCUGGUCGAAAAUCUGACUCUAUGAUGUAGGUACAAUAGUGUUUCAUAUGAAAGAAAACAUUCCAUAGACCAAUUAAUGGAUAGUUAAUUUUUGUUUUAAGUAGGUAGUUUAAAGGCUGUAAAAUGUGUGUUUUUGAUUUAGCAAGAAAAAGAUGAAUGUAUAAUUAUUCAAUUAUAAGCCUAGUCAUUUUAAUAUUUAUUAUUAUCUGGACGUGUCUUUUUGUAGUGAAUUCUAAGUUUUGAUUGGUCGGUAUAUGAAAGUUGUUUGAUUAAUUAUUAUUGACAAUUUUUAUGCAACAAUUGGCAUAAAAAUUAUAAUUCGUACCUCGCGUUUUACGAGGAAUUUUUAUAGUUUUAUAAGCGAUAAAGUGAUCAAAAACUAAAAUAUGUAAUUCAAAAAAUAACUGACUCAAGAAUUUCGAAAGCUGUGAAAUAUAAAAAUAAUUGUUUUUGUUAUAAUUUUUGUUGCUUUUUAAAAAAAUUAUUAUUAUUAUUAUUAUUAUGUAAUUUGCCAAUUUUUUUUUUAGUAAAUUACUAUUUUGUGAUAAUUAUUUUAAAAAUAGUUCAAACUAAAGUUCACUUAAAAUAGCGAUAAAAAUAUUAUAUUCUUGUGAUAAUGCUUGUUGCUAUAUUAAGAAAAGUUUUGUUAGUUAUUCACAAAAUUGUGAUCGGGUAUAAAAAUUAGAAUUAGAUUAUUUUUCUUUGGGGGAUGUGUGUUUGUAUAAGAUCUCAUUAGUUUAAAUUUAAGGUCCAAUUAGUCUUAAUUAAAAUGUGCAGUAAUACAAUUGGCUAUAGAUAUUAGGAAAAACGGUGUUUUGUUGGGUCAAAUUUUUGUGAUAAUUGUUAGAGCUAGAAUAAAUAAUUAAAUAUAUUUAUUGUUUUUAAAUCCUGUACUUCAAAUUGAAGAGCAUUACAACAGUUCCCUUUAUGUUUCCG